GUUGUUUUUUUCUGGACAGACACUAAUGAUUCAAUUUUCUAUUAAGAGAUUCAUCAACCUUCUGAAUCACAUUCACUUUGAUUACAAUAACACCAGGUCAGUCCAUCAGGCUUGUGAUAUCUUUUCUCCUAUAACUGUAAGAGAUAUUUAUGAGUUAUUCCUUAGAAAUUUGGCCAGGUGUUUUGUUUCUGGAGAGAUGAUAUCUGUACAUGUCACAUGAGCAACACGUUGAUUUUAGAAGUAAGUGUAGAUUUAUCCAUGUCCAGCCAACCUGGCAAUAUUUUGGUCAUGUGACUCAGUAUGUAACUCCACAAAGAUAUCAAAACUAACCAGCUAUUAUAAAAAUAAAGUACACAAUUUUUAAAAUUUACAUGCCUCAGAGUGCACAGUUGUGACAUAAAAUAAUAGAAAAUUUCUUUUUGCUUGCUUGUAAGGGACUUUGUUUUCUUUUUCAAGAUAUGGGCAACUUCUCACUGGAGCUACAUUAAUUUUAUUUAUUUAGAUUCUAUCAGGGUUUCUUUCCGACAUUUUCCUGGGGCAGCACUUGAAGCUGACAGCAAAAAAAAAAAGAUGACUGAAAUAAACUGGAUUCCCUACGUUGACCCGAAAAACACACGCUAACAGCUCUUUAGCAUUUACUUUCAAAAUUUGAUCUGGCAAUGUGGUACAAAUAAACAAAAUGUCUGCACCCAUGACGGCAGAUCACGACAUGGAAUCAGUUUAUGGAAAUAGAUUUUCUGCAUCCCCUGAUACAUUUCCUUACAAUAUAUAUGCUGGAACCAAUACAGGCUUUCUAAAGGGAUGUAUGCUUUCAAAUAGAACGUGUGUUAAUAUAAAUUCUGUUAAAGACCCGGAUAAAAACAAUGAGAUUACCUCCAUGUGUUGGUGGAGAGAUGAAAAUUCGAUUUUGACUGGUUGUAGAGACGGUAGAAUUCUCAACUAUUCUUUGAAAGAUGGAAGCAUCAGCAGUCUUUGUACUAAAAUACCAGAUGAUAAAUCUGUUUUACGAGUGGUUAAAAGUUACAAGGGCUCGGUUUUUACAGCAUUUAGCAGUGGGGUAGUAAAUUGUGAUCAGCUCAUUCAGCUGGAAGAUGAUUCCGCAAAUCAAGACAAAUCAAUUUCAAGUAGAUCAAUUAACAUUUGUGCUGGAGACAAUUUAUUUUGUAUGGACCAUAAUCAAUCUUUUGAAAAUCUGAUUUCUACUGGAGGGAAAGAAAACCCAUUAAAAAUAUGGGAUUUGACAAGUUCUACUCAACCAAUUUUUACAGCUAAAAAUGUGAAAAAUGACUGGCUAAAUUUACGAGUGCCAGUUUGGGAAAUGAAAGCUGAAUUUAUCCCACAGAGUAAAAAGAUUGUUACAGGAACAGGUUAUUCACAAAUUCGCUUGUAUGAUAUGUCCUCUUCAAAGAGAAGGCCUGUAUUGGAUAUAAAAUUAAAAGACAGUAGGGAACCAAUUUCAGCAUUAGCAAUUCGACCACAUACAGACUCACAAGUUGUUGUAGGCACAACAAUCGGAACAAUUUCUUUAGUAGACUUGCGUAAAAUGGCUGCAAUAAAGCAAUUCAAAGGAGCUGCUGGAGGCAUUACAGAUAUAAAAUUCCAUGAAACACAUCCUGUGUUUGCUGCAUGUGGAGUAGAUAGGUUCAUCAGAUGUUAUAAUGCUGAUCUCAGUAAAAGAAAAUGCAGUUCAAUAUAUAUUCAUUCUCAAGUUAACUCUUUGUUAUUUUCAUCUGAAUGGAAUAUUGAUUACAAUGAGGAAUUUGGUAUUGAAACUACAGGUACAAAGAAAGCACAUAGUAAAGGAUCUAAGAUUUUUUCAGAAACAAAUGAUGAUGAAAAAUCUUUGUCAGAUGAUGACAAAGAUGAUGCUCUUUGGGACGCAAUGGAGGUAGUGCAGACAAAAAAGCGUAAAAAGGUGCCAUUAACAUCACAUGCUAAAUCUUCUAAAAAGUUGAAGAAGAAAUCAAAAGCCUGAAAUACUAGACAAUGUAAUUUAAGCUUUAAUUUUGUGUGAAAUGGAUGAUAGUUUAAAAUGUUCAGCUGCUGUACAUACAAUUAAAGUGAUAAUUAGGUACUUUUUACUUUGCCAUACUAAAAUGUUUGCUAUUUCUGCUAGAGAUAAUGUACCAUUAAUUGUACUGAUCCUAGUAUGUUACACGGGAAUGUGGUUUCAGAUUAGGAUUUUAUUUCUAUUAUUAAAAAUUUGUUUCAGAUUUGUUCUGGAUCCACACAUUUUCUGUUCAAAUAAUCACCACAGGCUUAAUAAUUUUUUAUUAGGGUACUUUCCUAAUAUGCCAGCAACAGAUAAAUAGUUCUUUUCAUAGGGCAAGGUUUUGAUUAGGUGGUAUAUAAACAUUCUUAGUAUUGUUUCUUAGUAUUGCGCUGAUGUUAGUAGUUUCAGGCUUAAUUGGGAAAUAUCAAAAUUGGUUAUGUUAACUCUAACAAUGAUAUUGACUAUAACUGUAAAUGAAUAUUUAAGUUAUUUCACCACCAAAAAUAGUUUUUAGGUUUAUCCUACACCAUAGACCUGGCAACUUUUAAAAAAUUCUAAAAAUAUCAAAACAUUUUAUCAUUGCAUUUGACAGAAGUGCAAUAGAAUAAGAAUUGUAUUAUUUUUUUCUUUUUAAAAUAAUUCUAUACAAGCACAAGAAUGUUAUGUUUGUGAAGACCUAUAUGAUAACCAGCAUUUAAAUUUUGAAAAUAUAUUUCAGAAUUUUAUUGUAUACAAACUCCUGGUAUGUGCCUUUUCAGACACAUAUAGAUAUGGUUAUUCUUUUCUGUAUGUGGUCAUUUUGAAACUAUGUGACCUACUGUUUGGUAUGCAUAUAAUUCAAUUUUAAAUUAACGCUUUGUAAUCACUUAUUCUAUUGGGAAAGGACGUUAUUUUUUUUCCAGAAAAGUUUAUUGACCCUUUUGUACCAAUUUAUCUUUAAAAACAGUAAUUGCUAUCUGCUACUGUUAUGUUUUUUGACUUAGUCAAGGGGUCACCUAUUUAUGAUGUCCACUUGGGGUUGGGGUCAAAAUAAUCCUUAUGAAUGUAUUUUAUUAUCAGUGUCCACCUUUGAUGUAGCUGAAAGCAAAAUUAAAGCUUAUUUUUU